CCCUCUGCUUAGCACCGUUGACCCCAAAAUAAAGAUCAAGCGCAUCAAUACCACAGCAUGAGCGGAAUAACUGACGAGGCAGCCAUAGAAGGCCAUGACCUCAUUCACCAAGCCGAGCUAGAGGAAGAGAGGAUGCAUGAAAGUGACAAUGCGCCACAUUCCGAUGCUAGCCAGGCAGUACCAUCGCCGACCCAAACCAAAUAUCCAGAUACAAGUCCAAGGGAUCCACAUGACACCCCGCAGUCCCAGCAUAAAGAAUCCACACUUGACAAAAUAAAGGAAGCACUGCAUAUCAAAUAGCAAGCCAGGAGAACUCAGAGGGUCAUGUAAUAGUGACAAAGUGAUUUUGCUUAAUUCACAG